AGAGAACUAUGUGACGAGUGUUUUUUUUUUUCUUUCUUUUUUCAUCGCGAACGAGUAAACACAAGAACUCGCAAAAAACAGAACGGACUCGGAGUUUAUCAUUUUUACUCGCGAUCCUCCUAAUUGAUUGAUUGAAGUUAAGUUCGCCGGCAAUUUUCACAUACCGUAGAGCGAUGCGGUAUAUAAUUAUACGAAAUUGUUGCAACAGCGUUCACACGCUUUAGAUUUCGCGAUGGCAUAGAAAGGAAAAUCGUACCAUGUUUCUUCGAAACGGUAAUAUUUCACGGUCUUUCGAUCCGUCGUCAAUCUCGUUGUACCGAAAGCGCGCGAUAAAAUGCAUCGAAAAUCAAUCCGAUAGAAAUCCACGCGCACGCAAUCACGUGCUCAACAACGAGGUCGUGCUCUUUUUGUUUUAUGCCGUCCGUGCGAACUUGGAUUCGAGAAAUAAAAUUCACCCUCUCGGAUAUCGAGUGAAAUAGAAAUUUUGAACGGUCGAAAAAUUGUCUUGAGAUUCCGGACGGUCACACCGACAUUUAUUACCGAACAACAACACACGUCUCAACGUCCCGCACGAACACAUCUCGAGACGAUAUCGCGAAACGAUCGAAAGAGAGAUAGGGAAAAGAGAAAUAAAAAAAAAAUGAGGGUAGAACCUUUUUUCCGGAUCCUUCUUAGAAACUUCCGAUUCAUGGUCAUAACUUCCUGAUCAUUUCUGAUGAAUGAUAGCGGAUGAAAGACUGGCUCGAUAUAGUUGAGGUUUACAAUGGAGAUAAUUAAUAGGUGUACAGUGGUUUCAGUGGAUAUUAUGGACACGGACAGGAAGCUAUCGUAGGGGAGAUCGUAUAAUAUGGUAUGUGCCGGGCACAUAUCGUGAAGCUCUGUAACCUAUGUACCACCCAAGGUGGCACAGAUUGAAAGCUCCCUAUCAUCAACACACAUCCUCUGUUGAGAGCGAACACUAGCAGCUACUUGCCGCCGCAACUGGGCUUCACCGGUUGUUCAGAUCGACCCGCUACAUUGAUCAGCGCAUCGUACCAACCAAUUGACCCGGCCAACUUCCGGUCUACCUCUGAAGUGUAGGAAAAAACUGACUACAUAUCGCAGAACCACCACCACCAACCCGUCUGAUUUUCAUCGUCACCCGAACGUCGAGUGAUUACCGCUGUUUUUCGACAACGGCACCCAACCACCAUGGAGGUCGCCUCAGAAUUGUCGCCGCUGUCCGACACCGAUAAACAGGGACGGAUAAGCGACAGGAGUUCCUACUACCCACAAACGCCGAAUAAAAGACCGCCGAAUCGUCGUCAGCAGACGAUAAAUUGUCUGAAGCACAAUGCUCUCACGAUAUUAACCGUACUCGGUGUGGUCGGCGGUAUAAUAUUGGGAGUUUUACUGAGGAAUGCGAGAACGACCAAUUGGCCAUCGCGUGAAAUAAUGUACGUCAACUACGUCGGUGAAUUAUUUCUCCGAAUGCUUAAGAGUUUGAUACUGCCGCUGAUAAUGUCCAGUCUCAUAUCUGCCAUCGGUUCGCUCGAUCUUUCCCUGAGCGGUAAGAUCGGCGCGCGUGCCAUAUUUUACUACAUGACGACAACCGUGACCGCUGUCAUAUUGGGUAUAAUUCUGGUGAUUUCGAUUCAUCCCGGAAGUGGCGACGAAUCGAACAUCGAGCGAGCCGGAGUGUCGAGAAACGUCACUACCGUUGACACGCUCAUGGAUCUGGCGAGGAACAUGUUUCCACCGAACUUGAUUCAGGCCUGCAUCGCACAAUAUCGUACAGUACUUAAACCCCAAGUGAAUGACACCAACGCUAACAUUUUGAAUUGGAAGAUCGAGCACGAAUACGCCGACGGCACGAACAUACUGGGUCUCGUUGUAUUUUCGACGGUGUUGGGAAUAACUCUCGGUAAAAUGGGUCCGGACGGCAGACCUCUGCUCCGAUUCUUCGAGACGUUGUCUUCGGCGAUGAUGAUAAUAACGAACUGGGUCAUCUGGGUCUCACCAGUCGGCGUCCUGUUUCUGGUCUCCUCGAAACUUUUGGAGAUGAAAUCAUUCGAGGUUAUCAUCGGCCAACUCGGAAUGUAUUUUAUGACCGUUCUGAUCGGUCUGUUCAUCCACGGUUUCAUAGUACUUCCGACUAUCUACUUCCUGAUAACCAGAGGCAAUCCGUUCUCCUACGUUUCCAACAUGGCGCAGGCUCUCGCCACCGCUUUCGGAACAUCCUCGAGUUCUGCGACCCUGCCGGUCGCGAUCGGUUGCCUGGAGGACAGAAAUGGAAUCGAUCCUCGCGUCGCACGUUUCGUGAUGCCGAUCGGCGCGACGAUCAACAUGGACGGAACGGCUCUCUACGAAGCAGUGGCUGCCAUAUUCAUCGCUCAAGUCCGCAACGUCAAUCUCAGUUUUGGGCAGCUGGUGGCCGUUAGUAUCACAGCAACGGCCGCCAGUAUCGGAGCGGCUGGAAUUCCACAAGCUGGUCUGGUCACCAUGGUAAUGGUUUUGGACACAGUCGGUCUUCCGGCCAAAGAUGUCACGCUGAUCAUCGCCGUUGAUUGGCUCCUCGACCGUUUUCGAACGACCAUAAACGUGAUGGGGGAUUCACUGGGUGCUGGAAUAGUCAAUCACCUCAGUCGCAACGAGUUACGAAAUCCCGCUCGAUCGGAUGUGCAGGGAGCUCAGAACGGCGGCGAUCAUAACACUACGCCGAUAUGAGGAGAUAUUAUAUAAAUUUCCGAUUUAAAUAUUGCAUGAAUGAAGUAAGGAAAAUUGAGAGGCCGAGAAUUCCUCUUGCGUUUAACGAACCGACCGAGGUAUUUUCAACUUAUGAUGAAGAGUAAAAUUUAACGACAAAUGAUAAAUGAGAACAAAAUAUCGGAUAACGAUUGAAAAAUUGCUCACGACUCGAGGAGCUGGAUAACAAAAGUGAAAAUUAAAUUCAAUCGAAAAAACGGAAGUACGUCGAGAAUCGAGUAUGAAUUUGACGAGGUUCGAUGAUUUCAAGUAUUCAAAAAAGUUCUCUAAAUGUUUUGAAAAAUAAAAUAAUGCCUGACAAUACGUGUUUAGUAGUCUUUCACUCGCAAUUAUUGUAUAUUAUAUUAUAUAUUUAUUGGAAAUAGUCGAUGAGGGGGGGGGGACUCGAUUGAUUCGAAGGUGGGAACAAAAGCAAACUGAGAGGAACUUCGUUAGAAUUUUCGUUCGAUGAACCGGCUCAGUUGUGGCGAGUCCCUCGUACUAGUUUAGAUAUUAUUUGCUGUUCGAUUGCUUGAAGUAAAAUGAUUGUAAAUUUUAGGUACAUGUAAUGAUAAAUUCACGUUAUCCGGGACGAGUGAAUGAUACGCAAUUCGGAGUAAAUUAUAUUAAAAUAAAUCGGAUGUGGGGUUCUUCGUCGAUAUUGAAAUUUUUCAUUACAAAUGGAUCACGGUCAUUGAAGUCGAAAUAUUUUCAAACGUUGAAAAAUUCAUUGAUUCGGUGUAAAGUAUACAUAGAAACAUAUACACGAUACUCUCAGAUAAACGGUGAAUAAGAUAUUGAAAAUCUGUAAAAUCGAAAAAUUUGCAGCUAAAAAUGCUUCCGAAUGAAUUUUGAGGGACCCUGUGGACUGUACUGUUCUCUCUAUGAAUAUAUAUUUACGUAUAUAAAUGAAUUAACAUUUACGGUAGAGCAUAGUCGAAUAUUAUUUGAUAUAAUAUUGUUAUCGCUAUUCUUUUUAUUAUUACUUAUUACAGUAUGUGACACCUAUGUAUUAUACAGAUAUAUGGAUAAAUAUAAAUACAUAUAUAUUACAUAAAGAUUGUUCAUCGAUAUUAGGUAAUUAUAAUUGUUAACUGUUCAAUUUCGUUGACAUAUAUGAGGAAGAAAAAUAUGAGGCGAAGAGAAAAAGAGAAGUGAAGAACCGACCCAACGAGAACUUAAUAAAUUCAAACAAAAAAAAAACAAAAACAAACAAUAAUUAAAUAAAUGCCAUAAUAAGAUUAUUAUUACUGUUGUUGUUGUUAUUGUUAUUAUUACUAUUAUCAUCAUUGCCAUCAUUAUUAUUAUUGUUAUCAUUAUGCAUGUAUGUCGACAAAAAUAAUGUAUCUUUCCUGUACGACUAAUAUAUUGUCGGAAUAAAGAAAGUAUAAUCUGA